CAGAUGGGAGCUUUCCAUGUGAUUCAGCGAGCGGCUUUAUCAGAGGCAGCUGCAGUCCCCUUUACAGACACACUCACUGCCUCUCCGUGCACCAGAAACAAGGACGUCCUUCUUUUGCCUGGAAACCGGAGAUGUUAGAAACAAGCAGUUAGAGCCUCGCUGCAUCAUUACUGCUGAAGUUUCAUUUCUGGGAGUUAAUCGGCUUUUAGAGAACAUUAAAAAUCGUCGUACAGAUCUGGCUACAAGGGACUACUUGAAAAGCUUAACCUGAAUGUGAUAUUUGGUUGAAGAAGGCAGGAAUAAAAAGCCAUCAUCAUGAAUUUUGUUAUGAAGCAAGCGUUGGGAGGGGCGACCAAAGACAUGGGCAAAAUGCUGGGGGGCGAGGAGGAAAAGGACCCUGAUGCCGAUAGGAAGGAGGAGGAAAGACAGGAAGCCCUCAGGCAACAAGAAGAAGAGAGGAAGGCAAAGUAUUCAAAAAUGGAAGCAGAAAGAGAAUCGGUCCGACAGGGCAUCAGGGACAAGUAUGGCAUCAAGAAGAAGGAGGAGAAAGAGGCAGAGGCCCAGGCAGCUAUGGAGCAGGCAUCCGAAGGCAGUUUGACCCGUCCCAAGAAAGCAAUCCCAGCCGGCUGUGGAGAUGAGGAAGAGGAGGAGGAAAGCAUCGUUGAUACAGUCAUGAAGUUCCUGCCAGGACCACUUCAAGAUAUGUUUAAUAAAAAGUAACAUUUGUCCCAAUGAGUCGUCGCUUUACCGAAACCAUGUCAUGAAAUCCGCCUUCUCUUUCCCUUUCUCGCAUUUGUUCUAAGAUCUCUGGACUCUACUCGUGUGCCAUAACAUCGGGUUUAACUGAGGGGUCGAAACAUACGUGACAUUUUUUGGAUUGAAAAAAUGAAGAAAAACGCGUGCACUAGAAAUGUUGCAUAUGCAUGUCUACUGCACCUUGGAUCUCUUUUUAAAGACAAGUUUAACGCCCCAUGAGUCCAGACCUUGGAGCAAAUAUCCUCCAUGCUUCAUUGAUUUUGUUUGUAAAUAGCAAACGAAAAAGCUGUAUGUGAAUACAGAUAGAUAUAUAUCGAUAUAUAUCGAUAUGCACAUAUAUAUAGAUAUAUAUAGAAAUAGAAAUAAACAAUGACUAAGAGUAAAAGCCAUAAUUUUAUCCUGGAGAGGUCUCUCCAGAUCAUAUCAUGUUUUGAUUGUUGCUCUGUUAUAGAGUUUUAUUGAUAAAUCCACGUGGUUAACCUAUAAAAUAGUCUUUGUGACGUUUCGUUUGACAUUCAUUCAUCAAACUGGCCUACAAGCUUUCAGGCAUCGUGAGUUGUAACAAGAUUAUUUUGACUCAAAACUGUACUAAGAAGGAGAACGUAACUUUAUCACACAUUGCUUUGCAUUUUUCUGUAAGCAUGCUAUCAAUAUUUUGUUUAUCAGUAUGCUCACUGUAUCCCAUUUCAUUGGACAUUUCAGGUGAAAUACACUGAAAUUCGAGGCAAUAACUCUGGGUUUGGAUUUUGUUGUCCGACAGACAAGUUAAACAGCAUAUUGGUCUAUACUCGUCUCUGUAGUUCUUCCUAACGAUAUAUACAAACUCUCAUUAUGUUACGCACAUACAUAGCAAACUUAAACAGACUACGGAAUUGAUUCCUAACAUUAGCUAACCGGGCCGAAGCAAGAUGUAAACCGUAGAGCAAGAUGUACUAUGAAUUUACUUGCGUUUGCGGUAAUACAGAAUGUUAGGGGUGACUUUGAUCACGUACAACCACAAUUGGAUCAAUAGGGCUAUAUAUAAAUAUAUAAACUUCAUCUUCACUGCUGUACAGUAAAUCUAGUUAUUUCAUGUCUACAUUUAUUUACGUUAGCUCUCACAAUGAGGUUGUGAGCACAUGUUACGUAAACAGACAGUGACAAUGGUGCAAUAUUUGUUUCUGAAUGAAGAUGUCCUGUGUGGGUUGAAGAUGGGCAACUGAGCCCAGAUCAGCAAUGACAGACAAUCUUCACGACUAAAUGUUCAUCUUAUUUGCUAGAAAAUGUUGGUGUGCGAACGUGGUGUUGUCUUCCUAAUUUCAGUCCAAGAAAAUACUUCUGAGCUUAGUAAAAGAAGAGAAGAAUGUUGCAGGAUUUCUUACUGCUGGUCACUUGAACUUAUUUUUGAGAAUGUGAAGUUGCUUCGCUACAUAUUCAUUUAUGUUUACAAGAACUGUCAAAGUUAACACCUUAAGGUGUGUGAUAAUGUUUAUCAGGUGUGUUUUUAGCGCAGGUGAAACCAGUACAGAAUGCUGUUGCGUAUGUUGCAAAAUUAUGAGCGUCAUCCACACAAAAUGCAGAACCUAAAAAUACACACAGGCCUGUUAUUUAGUUUGUUAAUGCGCUAAAUAUAUAUAUUUUUUUCCAAUUCAUAACUAUGAAAUAACAUUUCACAGCUCUAGUAAGCUUGCUUAUCUCUAGUUCAUGUAUGAAGCUGCUUCUUGAUUCUAGAAUCGAUAAGACGGAAAACAACUUGACCGAAUUCCUUAUUCAUGCGAAUGUCAAAUGACAGAAUCAGAUCGUAUUACCAUUGUUUUCUUUUUCACUAAGAUAAAAGUUAAGAAAAAUGUUUGCGUGCUAUGAUAAGAAUGGUUGUAUUCUAAUUGAACUCUGUCCAUCUUUUAUGUCCUGCUACUCACAGAUCAUAAGUCUGAUCAUGAAGAUGUGUAAACGCCAGAGGCAAAUCUUAUGAUGCGGAAAAUUAAAGAUAGGAAUUUGUAUAAUGAUGCCAUUGCUUUGAACAUUCCAUAUAUUCCAGACAUUCCAUCUUGUCCAUGCCAUGCUGAAGAAUCAUGUGGGUAAUACUCAGCCCCAAGUUCAUGUGAAUAUGAAUGAAAAAUGUAUUCAGUGUCUCUAGAAAGACUGUGUUCCGAGAGUUAAACUCUCAGUUUAGUUUAUAGCACACAGUCAAAGUGAUGUCAUAGCUAUCUGUCCUGCCAGCCACAUACCACAAGCAACAAGACGUUCGAUAUUUGUUAAUGUUUGUGAUAUAAAUGUGCUUGCAGAUACAAAGUGUGUCCUUCUACAGCUGAACAAACUAGCCAGUUGCUAAGAAAUUUAUGAGAAAUGGAAUGAGCUAUCAAUCAUCCUGGAAUGUGUUUCAGAACUUACUGCCAAAGUAGUUACUAUUUCUGUGUUCGUAUGGCAACAACGUGACUUGUACCACGUUUGGAUACAUGAAAUGUGACCCUCCAUGCAAAUACAUCUGCAAGGAUUAAAAAAAAAAAUUCAUAUACAAGAGUUUUUACAAAGUUGUACUUUAAAAACAGACAGGCGCCAUUUUUAGAGCACAAAAUAUGUCGUUUAAUGAUUUUUAUAUGCGUGAAUCGACUGCCCUCGGUUUCGUCGAUCUCAUAGAGUCGACAAUGUGAUGUGGUGAAUUUUCAUUGGCUGCACUAACAAUUUAAAACUGCCCGAAGUCUAUGAUAUCACCCAUCCGAUCAUCGCUUAUGUUAUUAUUAAACCAAAGAGUGUUUGUAUCGUGAGAAUGCCUUUAAAAUGUUAUUUUACAAUUAUUUAUGAUUUUUUUAGAUAUUCUUAUUUUGACAUCAUUGAAGGUUUUGUCAUUGAUCUAAAUGAGAUUCCUAAAGACAAAUUGAUCUAAUAGAUUUGAUCAACUAUUAAAUACAGUUUGUUUACAAACAAUACUCUGUAACAGAAAACAAAUUACAACACCCUCACUUUCUGACACAGAACAGCUCUGUAACUAUUUCUUAUGUAAAAUCAAUUUCAUUCAACAUUCACUCAAUGUCACUUUCUCUCUCAGAUGCUAAUGAUGAUACUGCCUAACACAGUAACGUUAUAAUACUAUUCCAUUGUUGUUAUCGGAAUGUAAGUGUCUGUUGUUCAAUUGCAUCGUCCUACGCGGUUUCCUCUGUGUUGCAAAGAUAUCUGGUUGUGAUUUUCUGUCUGUAAUCUGUUCCUGUCUCCUGGUGGUUGUAUUUUGAGAAAAAAUGUUUCUUAUUUGGUGUAUUUUUUUAAGUCACUGUAAAUUCUCUCACCAACUUUCCUAUCUCUCUGCGUUGAUGAAUUGUAUGCAUGCAUAUGAUGUGCACUGUACGUGAGGUUGUAACUGGUAUUUCUGUGUGUCCUCUGUGUUUACCGAGCGCUUCACCUGUUGGCCUCACUGCAUGCCGUUAUUGACAGAUUUUAGACUGUAUACAUUCCUGCCAAAUGGAAUCACCACACGUGGAUAAUAAAGUGAUUUCAUAUCAGUU